GUACAGUGACUCCCACGGCGACAGGUGCGUCAGUCGGGCAGGUACCCGGAAGAAGAGAGAACAAAAAACUGGAGCUUGUUCGAGUUACAGAGUGUGAACCCUUACUGAGACUAAUUCUAGCCCAGCUAUAGCCAUGGACCAGAGGAGCCUAGAGGAAGAGUUUAAGGAUCAGUUUACAGACGUGGUGUCCAGACUGCAGUCUAAACAGCUAUUCCAGUCUGACUGGGACAUCGCCUCCUUCGCUGUCUUCUUCAUCUUCAUCGGCAUGGUUCUGCUGCUUGUUGUCCUGGUUCUGAUCCGAUGCUGUUGCUGCUGCUGCUGUGAUGAACAGCCGAGAAGACACAAAGUGGGUCAUGAAAACUUUGGAAUGGAGACCUGAAAGGAACUUGGAACAGGAUUGAAGAUUCCACAAUGACGACACUUAGAAAAUUGAUUAGUCCUUUUUAUAAUACAUUUUAUUCAUAUUUUUUUCUAUGCACUUUAAAAUUUGCACUUUUAAUCUGUGUGCCAAACCAAGAGUUGUAUAACUUGUUUUCAUUCUGGUUCCAUCUAUUUACUUUUGACUGUUGGAAAAUGUUGCACUCCCUGUGGUAACCCGGUUUAGCUGCCGUCUAAUGGUGGAAAGUCAUUGGAGGUCAUAUGAAUCAGUUUGUUUACUUGUUCCCUGCACGGCUAGCGGUUGUUGCUAGGAGGCCACGAAAGGAGAGCAAGGUGAAAACAGUCACCGAGUGUCACAACCAGAAGAUAAAAGGGCUUUCACUAACGGUUCAUGAAAAACUAGGCACCAACUCUUUAUGUAGUGGAAUCAAAGCUGUGUACUUUAAACUUAACUUCUUAAGUGUAUGUAAUGAGGAAUGAUGUAGUAGUAUUGAUUCAAUGACUUUAAUGUAGUUAAUUAUAUUGACAACAUAAUUCAAUGUUGAAACAUGUACAUUGUAUCAUUCAAAUGAUUAAAUAAUAUUUUGUAUUGAA